GGGAGCCGCUCGGAGGCCCCAGAGGCGGGAGCCGGCGGCGGCGCCAUGUCAGUGAGCGCCAUGUUCGUGGCGCUGCAGGGCGCGCUGACGGCCGACCAGGACAUCCGAGAGGAGAUCCGGAAGGUCGUGCAGGCGUUGGAGCAGACGGCCCGCGAGAUGCUGACGCUGCUGCAGGGGGUGCACCAAGGGAACGGAUUCCAGGACAUACCAAAGAAAUGUCAGAAGGCUCGGGAACACUUCGGUACAGUAAGAACACAGAUGGAAUCUCUGAAGACCAAGUUUCCUGCUGAUCAGUAUUACAGAUUUCAUGAGCACUGGAGGUUUGUGCUUCAGCGGUUGGUGUUUCUGGCAGCGUUUGUAGUCUACUUGGAGACAGAAACGUUGGUGACCCGAGAAGCUGCUGCAGAAAUACUUGGGAUUGAAGCUGAUCGGGAGAGGGGCUUCCACCUGGACAUUGAAGACUACCUUUCUGGUGUCUUAACUCUGGCCAGUGAGCUGGCCAGGCUGGCAGUGAACAGCGUCACAGCCGGUGACUAUUCUCGCCCGCUCCGCAUCUCGACUUUUAUCAACGAGUUGGAUUCGGGCUUCCGUCUCCUCAACCUGAAGAAUGACUCCCUGAGGAAGCGUUACGACGGCCUGAAAUACGAUGUCAAGAAAAUUGAGGAAGUGGUUUAUGACUUGUCCAUCAGAGGACUCAAUAAGGAGGCAACGGGUGGUGCGGGUGGAGAGAAAUGAAGGAUGCUGAUUUUAAUAGCAUCGUUGAUUACCUCAAAUGGUUGCCAAGUUUGGAGGCAUGCUAGCAAAGCCUUCCUACAGUAGUUUAGAAGAACUGCAGCCGAUAGCUGCUCUAUUUUCUUACAAAAGGUGUAGUUUGGGUGUUAGAUCUCAAAAUGUUUUGUAAAAUCGUGUAGGUUAGCGCUGCAGGCCCUCUGUUCCCAGUUAAAUUCCUCUGUCAGAACACACGUUGCUGUUGUGUGCACAACAGCAGGUGGUCAGUAACUCCCACAAGCCAGAAUUCUCACUGGGUACGUAGUGUUGCUUCAGUGCUCUGGGAGUUUUGUGCUGCAGCUGUUUCUACCCACACCCCUUUAAAGAUCUGUGCACAGCAUGCAGCUUGGUGCAGAUGUUUGUGACAUCUUAAAAGCACAGUCUAUAAAUAUCAGUAUGGGUUUUCUAAGACAUUGGGUUGUUUUGCUUUUUGUUGGUUGUUUUUUUUUUAAUUUUCACCUACUUCAGUUAAGUUGAACAGAUUUGCAUAACUUCUAUUAACCAGAUCUUUUAGAAUGGCUCCAUUUAGUGUAUCUGCCCUUGGAAUCAGUGUAUUACACCUGGGUGCAUCUUACUCAUUUUUCCCUCCGAGGUGCCUGCUACCAGAGUGUACAAGGCUUUCUCAACUAUCUGCUUUCACUGACUGCUGUCUCAUUUACUGACAUGAGUCAAUGUUGAGUUUCAACAUGAUCAUUUACAUUGGGAACUCUGUAGCUUUUUAUUUUCUUUUGAAUUAGCAAAGUUUAUGAAUAGAGAAAUGUUAACUGACAAACUGCAGGUAGGAUUUGUGUUUUAACAACCUGUAUAGGCCAUGACUGUACUGUUUCCUGGGCUUUAAAAAAAAAAAAAGUUCA